AUGGAACUUUUAGCAUCAUACAAUGAACAAGUAGGUGCUCUUGUUUUGGGUAAUGCUCCACAAAAUGCUAAAUACACCUCAUAUCAAAUUCAAAAAGAAAUUUUGCAUAUCUUUGCUAGAAAUGUUCAGUCUUCAAUUCGUCAUGAGAUUGGUGAUGCAAGAUUUUGUUUAAUUGUUGAUGAAGCUCGAGAUGAAUCUAGAAGAGAGCAAAUGGCCCUUGUUAUUAGGUUUGUUGAUAGAAGUGGAUUUAUACGAGAACGAUUUUUGGAUAUAGUUCAUGUCAAAGAUACAACUGCUGCAACUCUUAAAGAAGAGAUUUCCUUUGUUUUAUCUCAUCACAAUCUUGAUGUUCAAAAUAUUAGGGGUCAAGGGUAUGAUAGUGCCAGUAAUAUGCGUGGAGAGUGGAAUGGUUUGCAAACUUUAUUCACUAAUGAUUGCCCUUAUGCAUAUUAUGUACAUUGCUUAGCUCAUCAAUUACAAUUGGCUCUUAUUGCUAGAGAAAUAUCUGAUGUUCACACUUUCUUUCAGAAUUUGAUUUUUAUUAUUAACAUUGUUAGUGCUUCUUGUAAGCGUAAUGAUGAAUUACGGGCUUUCCAAGCAGCUACAAUUGAACAUUUAGUUGAUAUUGGUGAGAUUGAAACGGAUGGAUCUACUUAUUCUCAACGUGGUGAUGCGACUUUUUCAUUUAAGUUGCUAAUGUCAUUUGAUUUUGCAUUCAUCUUACAUAUAAUGAAGGAUGUUGUGGGAAUUACUGAUAUGCUUUGCCUAGCCCUGCAACAAAAAUCUCAAGACAUUUUAAAUGCUAUGCAUUUGGUGACUACCACAAAGACUUUAAUUCAGAAGUUAAGAGAUGAUGGUUGGAAAACUCUUUUAGAAGAAGUGACAUCAUUUUAUAAGCAUCAAGACAUUGAAGUUCCUGAUAUGAAUGCUUGUUUUUCUAGUGUGAGAAGAUCUCGCCGUAAAGAAAAAUCAGUAACAAUUGAACAUCACUACCGAGUUGAUAUAUUUACAGCUAUCAUUGAUCAACAAUUGCAAGAGCUAAAUAAUAGAUUCAAUGAGCAGGCGAUCGAGCUUCUUAAGUUGAGCACAGCUUUAGAUCCUAGAAAUAGCUAUAAACUAUUCAAUGUUGAAGAUAUAUGCUUACUUGUUGACAAGUUCUAUCCUCAAGAUUUUUCUGACCAAGAAAAAAUUCAUUUGAGACUUCAGUUGCAGCAUUAUGAGCUUGAUGUACCCAAUCAUCCAAAGUUAAAGAGCAUGUCAUCGAUUGCUGAUUUAUGUCAAUGA